CAAAAAAACAAAAAAACUUAGCUAUUCCUCAUGGGAACACCUGGCAAACCCCUCCACCUCCCUCAAGUCCCCACAAGGGGCACCUAUCCCAGUGGGCAUCCCUCCUCUGUGAAGCUCACUCCCGACCAAGCACACUUCCCAUCAGUGUUAAAGAAACAUUGUGGAUACAUACCAUGAAGUUGUUAGGAGUACAGACCAUGGUAGGUUCAAAUGCCAGUGCGACCAACUGGCAGCUGUCAUAACUUGGUAGAGUGGCUUUACCUCUGUGCACCUCAGUUUCCCUAUCUGUAAACUGGGGAUAGUUGCAGCAGCUCCCUCAUAAAGUUAAGAGGAGUCAAGCACUCUGCUAGAUGUAUAGGAGUACGCAAGGCAGAGGAGGACAAAAUGAAAUGCUUGUGAAGGGUUGAGCACGGUGCCUGCAGAAUUAUAAUCGCUCAACAUGUGUUACAUGCCAUGUGCUACAAAUGAAAUAGUAUAUCAUACUUAGAAAUGUAUAUGUAUGCUAGAUAUUUACACAAAAUAUUUACACAUAUGUAUAUUACACCUUUUGUUUAUAACUUCCGCAUUAAUUUCCUCAUUUACUCCCACAAGACAGCCCUGGAGGAAAGGCAGGGCAGAGAUUUUAUGCCAUUUUUACUGAUGAAAAGACAGAGGCAGUGGGAGAUUUAAAAAGCGGGUAAACUGGUGACGGGCAACUGGAGGUGACUGGCAACUGGAGAUGGCUGGGCAUUUUAAAAAGAGAACCAGCGAAGGGCAGUGUUCCACUUCAUAUCCCUCAGUGGAGACCCAGCCUCGGCUCUGUGGCCUUGGGGUGGGAGGACGGGCUUGGGGGAGGCCUCCAGGCCCAGACCGUCCCAGCCACGAGGGCUGGCAGGCUGGCGGUGGACACGCCCGGGGGCGCACGCUCGCUGGCGCGGAGCUUCGAGCGGGCAGAGACGCAGGACGCUGGGCGCGACGCUGGGUGGCGCUGCUGGGCCGUCCCGCGCCAGACCUGUUGCGCCCAGGGCGCAAGUCCGGCAGCUUUAGGGUAAAGGGACGCGCCGAUCUCUCCGCGCGCCCCUGCCACCCUGGCCGCGGUAUCUCCCUCGGGGAGCCCAAGGCCCCACCUUAACUUGAGGCUCCCAUUCGUUUGGCCUUUGCGUUCCUCACCGCAACAGUUCUAGGCGCGUCGGGGCGGGGGCGGGAAUAAAGUUUUUCCAACCUGGUCUGGGAGAGGGCUGGAUGGGGAGGACUCUCCCAGCUCCAGACUACAAGGUGGGCUGGACCGUGCCCCUUCGGCUUCACGGCCGCCUCGGAGGCCCCGCUCUUCGUAGGUGCCAGCAUCGGUGCCGACCGGAUGGGCUGACCCGCGCACCGCCCCCUCCCACCCCGUUCCCCUUCGCGGUCCCCUCCCCCGCCUCUGGCGCGCUCUGGCCCCAGCGUCUCCGGCCCCGCCCGCGCCGGGGUCGCUGCAGUCUCCGUGGUUGCCCCGGGCUCCCUCCCCAGGCGUCCCGGCCUUAAUGUAGCCUGGGGAGCGCCUCGCGGGAAGCGCGGGACAGCGAGGGAGGCCGAGGCGGAGGCCCUGGGCGCCCGAGCUCUCCCAACCUGGGAGGCGGCCCCGACUCCGGGAGCCGGAACGCAGGGGAAGGCAAGGACGGGGCGGCCGACGGAGGGGCGGGAGCCGCUCAUCAGCCACGCCAGUCACGUCUGGGGCCACCCGGCUGCCUUUUUCUUUCUUUCCCUCUUUGCUUUCUCCCCUCUCUCGGGCUGGCGAGGGCAAAGUGGCCGUGGCGGCGCCAUGCCCGGGCCGGAGUGAGUGCGCGCGGGCGAAAAUGGCGUACAUUCAGUUGGAACCUUUAAACGAGGGUUUUCUUUCUAGAAUCUCCGAUCUGCUGCUCUGCAGAUGGACUUGCCGGCACUGCUGUCAGAAGUGCUAUGAAUCCAGCUGUUGCCAGUCGAGUGAGGAUGAAGUUGAAAUUCUGGGACCUUUCCCUGCCCAGACUCCUCCCUGGCUGUUGGCCAGCCGGAGCAGUGACAAGGACGGGAACUCUGUCCACACAGCCAGUGAAGUCCCGCUGACCCCACGGACCAACUCCCCAGAUCGGAGAUGCUCGUCCUCGGACACAUCUAAGUCUACAUACAGCCUGACCCGGAGGAUUUCAAGUCUCGAUUCCAGACGACCCAGCUCCCCACUCAUCGAUAUUAAACCCAUCGAGUUCGGCGUUCUCAGCUCCAAGAAGGAGCCCAUCCAGCCCUCGGUGCUCAGACGGACCUAUACCCCGGAUGACUAUUUCAGAAAGUUCGAGCCCCGCCUGUACUCCCUCGGCUCCAACAGCGACGACGUGGACUUUCUGACGGACGCAGAGAUCCUGUCCAAGUACCAGCUGGGCAUGCUGCACUUCAGCACCCAGUACGACCUGCUGCACAACCACCUGACGGUGCGCGUGAUCGAGGCCAGGGACCUGCCACCUCCCAUCUCCCACGAUGGCGCGCGCCAGGACAUGGCGCACUCCAACCCCUACGUCAAGAUCUGCCUCCUGCCGGACCAGAAGAACUCCAAGCAGACCGGGGUCAAACGCAAGACCCAGAAGCCCGUGUUCGAGGAGCGCUACACCUUUGAGAUCCCCUUCCUGGAGGCGCAGAGGAGGACCCUGCUGCUGACUGUGCUGGACUUUGAUAAGUUCUCACGCCACUGUGUCAUCGGCAAGGUGGCCGUGCCUUUGUGCGAGGUCGACUUGGUGAAAGGCGGACACUGGUGGAAGGCGCUGAUUCCCAGUUCUCAGAAUGAGGUAGAACUGGGGGAGCUGCUUCUGUCACUGAAUUAUCUCCCGAGUGCUGGGAGACUGAACGUUGAUGUCAUUCGAGCCAAGCAACUUCUUCAGACAGAUGUGAGCCAAGGUUCAGAUCCCUUUGUGAAAAUCCAGCUGGUACAUGGACUCAAGCUUGUGAAAACAAAGAAGACAUCCUUCUUAAGAGGCACAAUUGAUCCUUUCUACAAUGAAUCCUUCAGCUUCAAAGUUCCCCAAGAAGAACUGGAAAAUGCUAGCCUAGUGUUUACAGUGUUCGGCCACAACAUGAAGAGCAGCAAUGACUUCAUCGGGAGGAUCGUCAUCGGCCAGUACUCUUCGGGCCCCUCAGAAUCCAACCACUGGCGGCGGAUGCUCAGUGCCCACCGCACGGCCGUGGAGCAGUGGCACAGCCUGCGGUCCCGGGCCGAGUGUGACCGUGUGUCCCCUGCCUCGCUGGAGGUGACCUGAGGGCUGCGGGGAAGGCAGCUUUCAUUUGUGAAAAAAGGAAGAAAACUUAGGACAAAAAAUAUGCCAUAUAUGUAUACUAUGACAUCCACAUCUGCACACACACUCCUCACCACACGCACAGCUCCUCUCAGAACCGAAAGGAAGCUGACUCUUGAUCACACACUGGCCGCCCUCAAGGAGCGAGGCCCGCGAACUUCCCAGAAUUCCCCUGCACAGGUCAUGAGCUGAGUGGGCUCCGCUCCGAGACUUACGGGCAGUGCUGGCUCUCGUGGAUCCCCCUGCCCCAAAAUGCACUUUCAACCUCAGGCCAGAGAAAGGCCUCCCCAAAGGUGCCAACCUCCAUUGAGACAGAAUUUUCCAAGAGUUUGGCCAGUGUUGGGAGGCCUGACCCCCAUAUGCCCAACAUGCACACCCACUGGGUGACUUCUGAAUGGGCUGCUGUUCCUAGGGGUUCUUCAAACCUGGUACCUUUCCCCAAAAGUGUUAAGUACUCUGUCUUCUCUUUAGUAGAUGUGAUAAAUAGAUUAGACUAUUUGGAGAAACCAAACGGCAACAAAAAAUAUUCCGGUGUAAGAAGGCGCUCCUGGCUUCGUUGAACUCGUCCUUGUGGUAGCUUUUCUUCUGGGGACUCCCUGUGGGUAUGUAUGCGGACGUUCUGGUGUGUGUGCCCUCAGGUGAGCACGUGUGUGUGCCUGUGUGUCCCCUUAGUGAGCAAGGUGCUGGGCCGGGACCUCAGUCCUGAGUACUCCCUUCUCUCUGCCUCGCCCGUCAGUGAAGUUUCACCCAGCGCCCUCCCAUCUGUGAAGACCCCACCUUCAGUAACAGUAGCGUGUGUGUAAGUCAAGUAAACAAAACACGAUAGAGCAGAAGUAACGUUUUUUGACCGAAUCAUGGCGACUGCGACUCACAGAAGACCGGUAAAGGACAGCUACAGGGAAGAAAAUGGCCACCACGGCUGCUGCACGCCCCCAUCCAAGACGACACCCCUCCCCGUCACACCCUGAGGAUCGCUCUGUGUUUGUGUGUGAACCAAAGUCAUCUCUCUCGUGCUAAGAAAUUAGUGUAGUUAGAAUAGAUCUCUCUCUCUGUUGGAUGCUUCUGUAUCUUUUCCCACAGCGUAUUGUCUGGUAUAAUGGGGAGCUAUUUAUUGACAUUAAAGAUUAUCUAUUUGUGCCAUGCA